AUGUCUGCUUGCGCUCGUAGUGCAAGACUGUUCCAGAGGCUUACGAGGCAAUCUCAUAUUCCAAGCGCAGAUCUCCCGGCGUUCCUUUGUCCUGGAAUUCUCCAAAUCGCCCAACUACAAACCCCAAGAUGCCCUCCUAAGCAGUUUCACUCACAGCCGCCCCGUUUAAUAGAAUCUACAAUACACGAUGUUCCCGAGCCCCAGUUCGACCUUCUUCUUGGACAGCAGUAUUUGCCAUCUCAGUGUGCAGGAUGUGGUGCUCUUUCGCAGACUAUCCUCAAAGACGAAGCAGGUUUCUACACUCUUACGCGGAGAUCUGUGAAGGACUAUACAGCAGCCGCGGCGCCCCAGGAGUCCAAAGAAGAUACAAUCGUAAAGGCCGCUUUAGAUAAUGCAAGCGGAGUAGGGUUAGAGUUGGGGGACUUUACAAAGCCUACAAGGACCCUCGAAAUACCAAUAUGUGACCGCUGCCAUAAGCUGAAGCAUCAUGAUGCCGGAGUUUCUAUACAGCAUCCUUCUAUUCAAUCUAUACAAGAUACAAUAUUCGAAUCUCCAUUCAAAUACAAUCAUGUAUACCACGUCCUAGAUGCUGCAGAUUUCCCUAUGUCAUUGGUUCCCGGACUGCACAAAUUACUACACAUGACUCCUCAGAGGUCUUUGAAUAGACGGUCGAAGACAGGAAGAUUUUACCAUGGGACAAAGACGGAGGUUAGCUUCAUUAUUACACGUUCCGAUUUGCUAGCUCCUCUGAAAACGCAAGUGGAUUCUAUGAUGCCAUAUUUACGUGAAGUCCUGCGAGACGCACUUGGGAGAACAGCGAAGGAUGUACGAUUAGUUAGAAUCUCAGAUGGAAGAGCAUCUAGAUACAUCGUCACUGCUCCCCCCGCGCCCCCUGAAAUCGACUAUCCAGCCAUGCCAUUGGUGUCGGCUUUACCGGGUACGACAGCCUCUCCUAUUCGUCUCUCCUUCGGAAGUGGAAAGGGAGAGUUGAUUGAUCUCCCUGGUCUUUCACGCGGGGACCUUGAGCAGCAUAUCCAGCCCGAGCAUCACUCAUCUCUUGUCAUGCGUAACCGCAUCCGACCAGAACAACAAGUUCUUAAACCCGGGAAGUCCUUACUUCUCGGAGGCUUUAUUCGCAUCACGCCAACUACACCAGAUAUCAUUAUGCUAGGCUAUGCCUUUACACCGAUAGAGCCGCAUACCACCUCGACGGACAAGGCUAUUGGAACCCAAGGACAAACGAGGGAAUCUUCACUUUUAAACAUUUCGUUACCAGGCACCGGCGAGAAAAUUGCAUCUGCCGGGACCUUCCCCCUGAAAUGGGACGUAACACGUGAGCGGUCAGGUCCGUUGACUGCGAAGAACGCAGGCAAAAUGAGCCCCGAAAACUUACCUUUCCGAGUCCUUGCAACUGAUAUUCUCAUCGAAGGUUGCGGGUGGGUUGAGCUGGUUGCCCAAGUACGGAAAAGGCAACGCCUGGUGCCGAAACAAGAAAUGCAGGUUCAAUGGAAAUCUGCUUUCAGUGAGAACAAUGAAGGGAAAGAAGAAGAGGAAAGGGAGAUGCUAGAUGACGAGAUGGCUAAUGAAAGAGAGGAGGUGGUAGAUCCGGGCUGGCCUGCCGUGGAGGUGUUUACGCCCAACGGCAGAUUCGUAGCUGCGAGGCGACCAAUGAACGCAUGGCUGUAUGCUCAGAAGCCUGUCAGCAGCAGAUUGAAGGGCAGGCCGAGAAAGUCAAUGAAGGGGCAAAAGAAAGCCGAAAAGAAUAGAUUGCGGCAACGUGUGUAG